AUGGAAGUGAUUACCUUUACAAAAGAUACCGUUCUGUCUGAUGUCCAUGUACACAGCUCGAGUAAGAAGCAUCUUAUGGUCAGACUAAACAAAGUAGGACAGCCAGUCUUUCGGACACAUUUUAAGAUCCUUUGGCAAAACAGUACUUUGGAAUCUGCAAGUGAAGACUGUAUAAUUAUUACUGACAAUGAAGACAAAGAAAAACAAAGGAAAGAUGAGGGAUCACUGGUUUUUAAAGCUACAAAAUUAUAUGACAUGCAAGCAAUAGAAAACCUUCUUGAUGAAGAUGGAGAUCUUGAAGUCCAGAGAAGGCCACAAUCUCCUUCUGACAGAGAUGAUACCAGAGAAUAUGCUCGAGAUGUGGUGUGCCCAACUAUUCUAACAAUUGGUAGUGAUGGUCAGAUUGAGGAGGAAGAAUGUGUAAAUAAUAAAGAUGUCAUUAAAAUAGAACACACUAUGGCAACACCAUUAGAAGACGUUGGGAAACAGAUCUGGCAUGGAGCUUUCCUUCUUGCUGAUUACAUCCUCAGCCAGGAAGACCUAUUCAGAGGUUGUACUGCACUGGAGCUUGGAGCUGGCACUGGUUUCACCAGCAUCAUUAUGUCAACAGUUGCUAAGACUGUCUAUUGCACAGAUGUUGGUGAUGAUCUCCUAGAAAUGUGUGAGAGAAAUAUGGUCCUAAACAGAACCUUCACGGAACAAGCAGGUGGUGGACAAAUAAAAGUGAAGGAAUUGAAUUGGCUUAAGAACCAACUUUGUACAGAUCCAGAAAACCCAUACAGCUGGACAGAAGAUGACAUAGCUCAAUUUUACGACCACACAACAGUAAUUAUCGCUGCUGAUGUGUUUUACGAUGAUGACCUUACAGAUGCACUCUUUAAAACCCUUUACCGGAUUACUCAUGCUUUAAGAAGUAAUUGCAUUAUUUAUUUAUCUAUGGAACGGAGGUACAACUUUACUCUAAGGCACAUGGACGUCACAUGUGAUGCAUAUAAUCAUUUUCGAAAUUGCUUGAACAAUUUUGAGACCACUAGCAAUGGGAAACAAAGAUGGUCGGUGCAGGAAAUCAAACCAGUGUUUCCACAAUUUUUCAUCUAUGAGCGAGAACAUUUGGAACUGUGGAAAAUGACUGCCACACCCCUUACGUGACCUGUUCAUAGAAGACCUGCUGUGCAACUGUAAGAAGGCCCAGAACCGAACAGAACAGAAGCCACUAA